CGUCUCUCCCUCUCGUUGACUGUUUACACCAAAUAAUGGAGGAAGUGGUACAAACCUGUUUACAGGCAAAGGAUAAAAGGAACAAAUAGCAGGGGGGGAAAAAAAAGAAGAGUAGCAGCCCUGUUCUGUCCUGUUCUCCUGAAUUCUAAGUGAAUCGACCAAUUGAAGACAGGCUACUGUGGAUCCUAGACAUGGAUGGAGAGCUGACGCCUUUGGACUGCCUGCUGCCCUCAGGCACACAGAGGAUCUGUCUGAUCAUUCUGAACCAGCCGCUGGAUAAGGACCACCUACACAUCCUCUGGAGUAAAGCUCUCUUGAGGGCAUGUGCUGAUGGAGCUGCUAAUCACCUCUAUGAAAUCACAGCUGGGGAGCGCGACAGCUUUCUCCCCGACUAUAUCAGUGGAGAUUUUGAUUCCAUUACUCCCGAGGUCAAAGCUUUCUAUGCAGACAAGGGGUGCAAGCUGAUAGAAACAGCUGACCAAGAUCUUACGGACUUCACCAAAUGCCUUGCAAUCAUGGUGAAGGAGAUUCAGAGACGACAAUUGCAGGUGGAUACGAUAGUGACUCUGGGUGGUCUGGCAGGCAGGUUUGACCAGGCCAUGGCAUCUGUGGAAACCCUCUACCAUGCUCUGUCCAUGACGCAACUCCCACUGUUGAUCAUACAGGGAACAAGCCUGGCAUAUCUACUCAGACCUGGCAGCCACAGGCUGGACGUGAACACAGGUCUGGAGGGGGACUGGUGCAGCCUGAUUCCAGUAGGUGGACCCUGCCAGACAAUCACCACUGGGCUCAGAUGGAACCUGAAUAACCAGAUCCUGCAGUUUGGGAAGCUGGUGAGCACCUCCAACACUUUUGAGCCCACUGACCCCAGAAAGCCCAGGAAGGCCGUAACUGUGACCACAGACCAGCCUCUUCUUUGGAGCAUGGGCAUCCGUGAACACAAGGAAUAAUAAGCUAAUAAUUUACUACCUGCUGUAACCAUGUUGGCCACUGUUAUAAUGAAUAACCUGCUCAAACUAGAAGGGCUUUAAAUGUCAAAUUAUGACUAUUUAUGCAAUAAUAAUUUUCAUUUCAAUUUCAUGAUGGCGAUGUGAAGAACAGUUAGAAACUGUUCUUACAUUGAACUUCUACACCGUUGUGUUCAAUUCAAAGUGAAAAAUUCUCUUUAUCCCCCAUCAGAGCAUCAUUGCCUACACAUGUGCAGGUAUUUGCUUUGUAUUGCACCAGCCACUGUGUGCCUUUGAGACCUGCUUUCUGUGGCUCUUAGCAAUAACGUUUAGGAAAAAAUUAAUUAUUCAAGGAUUCGCAUUAGCAGGCAGUGGAACGAAAUUCUGUCCUCAGGUCCCAGUAAUCCCAUUUAAUAGUUAUGACAAGUAAUUUAAAGAAGAAUAAAUAUAAGUAACAAUAAUAUAAGGAAAAUAUAUAAAUAUGUAUGUAUACCUUUAUAUCUGCACACACAAAUAUAUACACGUGUGUGUAUACAUUUUUUUUUCCUUUAUAUUGUUACUUUAUUUUUUAUAUAAAUACAUUUCAUCUUCCCCACAGUGAGAUUUGGGCCUCAAUUACAACUAACAUUCCUGUCUGUAGGUGGGGUACUCUUUAAAAAGACUACUAGAAGAUGCAAGAUGGAGUUGCCACUACUCUCUUAGCUGAUUGUUUCAUAAUGCUUGUGUUUCAAUGUAUGUUUCAAAAUACAAUGUAAAGAAAACUGGGUCUACAAUCUACAUUCAGGGAAAUACAAUAUACAUUCAAGCCUUCUUAGCUCUGAAAUGCUUAGACUAAAGCAAGUUGGGGCUACACUCAGCCCCACCACAGUCUGAGUCUUAUAGCUUCAGGGAUGA